CGAGUUAACUUGUGCUGUCAACGAUGAAGUACCUGGCGACGCCAUGACGUAUGAUGAUGCUUCAGUAGUUGACGUUAAUAGGUUCCGUCAUUUGUCAUGAACAGGUCGGGAUAAUAGACGACAACGACUUCACCGACUGCACACGGUGAACAGGAAGGGAUUGGAAGCAACACCAGCACUGACCGACAACCGGGGACGUGUACAGCGAGGCAGUCUACCGUAGUUGUAUUGGGAUUUGACGGACAGGAUCAGUGACGGAUGUCAAGACACCUGUAGGCUUCUUCAACGAUGGCGGACUUUGACCUGCAGUUUUUCAAUUCGUGUGUACCCAUAGCUUACCCUUGUACUGUUGGUGACGUGUACACCGACCCGUGCAACUGUGUCAACUUCUUCUUGUGUGAGAUCAACACCAAGAUAAUACCCCGGAGCUGCAGCGAUGGGACAGCCUUCAACCAUGAGAAUGAACAGUGUGACAGCACGUCCGACGUGGUGAUCAUCGACAAACUGUGUGAUCUUGAGAAGCCCUACAACAGGUGUUCUGCUGUGCCUGGUGCCGACCUCCCGUAUCUACAGGCCCGAUGUACAGGGACCGCAACGACCACACCUGGCAGCCACAGCGACAACACAGGAGCGAUAGUGGCGGGUGUUGUCGUCUCAAUCUUAGUCGUCGCUCUCAUCGUCGUUCUGGUCCUUUACCUGAAGAAACGUGGGAAGCCGCUCAGUGACUACAUGGGCGUCUUCAAGCGGAAGCAGGGGACACAGGACAAGUCUGAGGAACCAUAUGCUGAGAUCGGAGAAAUGAGCCACCCAGUGUACAAGGACACGAACGGAACCGGCCCCCCUCUGCCGCCUGACCGACCCGAUUUCACCCUCUCCCCCGCCCUCAAAGUGAGCCAGAUGAAGGACCCGGGCAGGGCCCGGUCUCAGCGCGAGGAAGUAGCAUAUGAUAAUCCAGGAUACGCACAUGAUGAUGACGUCAUACAAGGAAAUGCGUCAGAGAUGACGUCAGUAACACUUACUGUGCCCGACACCUCCGCUGCAGCCACGGACACGCUAAAUCAGGCACAUUACUCUCCCUUGGAUGAAAACAGAUUGGAGUCCCCAACUCCCAAGUCUUACACCCCUCUGAGUAUUUACACCAGAGGCCCAAACCCGAACUCUUCCAACGACACAGGGGGUGUUGUGCAAGUUUCGGAUAACGACUACCAGGUGCCGAGACCUUUUCCGGAAUACUGUGAACUUGAACCUGGCUCCACAAGCGUGUCUUGAAGAAUGACGUCUCAAUAGUCCAGAUUAUACGCUGAUAUAAUUGAUGAAGUGCCUCCAAAAGUUAGCAGAUAGGUUGAUCAAAAUGAUUAUGAAGAUUCUGUUAUUCCCAGCUGUCUGAAGAUUGUGCUGCAAAUAGUGUCCGACUGCUGCCUGAUACCACGUGACGUGUGGUAACGCAGGUACCAACUGACAGCUGUAAUGAACCAUGUAGCCUACAGAUCACCGGGAGGGUUGCUGUGACUGAGGUCGGCUAUAGCGAACCCGAUUCUAAUUAAUGUAAUCAACUUAUCACACUGAGAAGAAACUUAGUUUAUAUCGACUUAAUUUCAGGGUUCGUUACAACUAGAUUUGUUGUACAACAGCAUUACGUUUAUAUUGAUGUUAGUGCUGAUAUCUCAGUGUGAGUGAGUGAGUGAGUGACAUCACAGCGUAUCAGUGUGAUGUGAGAGGGUCUGGAGUGGACAAACCAUUAGUAAUAAUCUGGAUAAAUCUGGGAUUCGAAUGGUUGUACAGUAUUAGUUAUACAAUAAUAUAUUGAUGUAUCCAUAGGAUGUACUGUAGCACACUCAAAUCUGUAUCACAGAAAACGCAUUACUGAUAUACAUGUUUUACAAGGUUCCACCGUGUAACCAAACUACAGACAGUUGCAGUAAUCAAAGUGUAUGCGUCUAUACCUGCCUAAUGUUGUACAGGAACUAACACCAAUGUGCCUGUGGCUAAAACUGCCACAACAAGAACUGGUUAUGGCGAUGCAGAUGGAUAUCAAGUUUUGUAUUUUAGCUGCUGAUUUUAGGCUUGUAACGUUUGAAAACAAAUUGACGUUUUGGUCUCAUGCAUUUGUUUCAAGUUUGCAGUCAAUUUGGUUGGUAUGUUGGUUUUUGUCUGUUAUACGGUAUUUUUACUUUAGUGGCAGGUAUUACAUUAAGGUUAUCAGUUAAAGGCUCCAUUCAUACAGCAAGUAUUACUGUAUCAUCAUUACUAUGUCAAAGGUAUACCCAACCUGGUUCUCGGCCGUCACUGAGCGGCGUCAUCUUGUUAAGUAUUAUUCGUAGCGUGAGAAUUGGUUAGGGCAUGAGCAAUUAGCCAUCUUAUCGGUUAUCUCCCUUGUAGCAGAUUUUGUACAACUUUACAAGAACCUGUGUAAUGGAGACACUGUUUAGACUCCACAGAUUCGGGUUGUCACUUCCUCUGCAAUAUCCUGUCUGCGAUGGACACGGUAACGGUCAGGGGAGUUGGGGGAUCUUCCUCAGAAACCACAUUUGUUCUGAUAUUAUCAUGUACAUAUGUCACAUUGUUGUAAACACGAUGACAAUAAAUGAAAUGUUUGAAAAUACA